CACCACAGCGGUUCUCAUUAUUAGACAGUCUGGAGGAAGGACCCGCCCGUCGUCAGCCGUGUGUUCGUAACUUGCAUCGUGUACGGGCCGCGCUUCUAGGGGUAUUUUCAUCUCGUUCUUCGCGUCUGUCACGCCGAAACAUGGCCGUGACUAGUAUACCGUACUCUAUCUACCAAACAUGUACGCAUCUCACUACACAACACGGCCAGUCUGUUGCUCAUUUCACGAUUCCAGGUUGGAUUCAUGGGCCACAUGUCCAGCGCGGGCAUGACAAUGCAAUAAAUAAUAAAUACAUCGUCCACCAUGCAAUCCUACAUGGCACACCGUGCUCUUGCGGCGGAUGGGCAGCGCAUUUCUCUUCUUCGGACCCCGGUGAGUUUCCGGCGGCGUGUGACCACGACUCGGUCUGAGCACCCACAGCGUCGCCAUGCGGCCCUGCAACUAAGGGACGGGACAGGGUUCUGUGGCAUGUUUCUGCUUCCCUAUUGCUGACCCGGUACAGUGGGCAUCCCCUUUAGGUGUGGCAGCCUCCAAAACACCCCGGCUCUAUUCCCAUCUUGACCUGCUACGUCUACACUGCGACUACUCGGGACCGCCAAUCCAGAAGAGGGACUCAUCAUUUAUCUCACCCACUUCUCCUCGUCUCACUUUCGAUUUUUGUUCCGGACUCCACUCUUUCCACCACGUGCUUGCUCCUUGCCGGCCUCCAUAGCUAUCGCGAAACGGUCCCUCUCCGGUUACUCAUCAUCCCCAUCAUCGCCCUCCAUCACCGACAUGCCCGACGUUUAGAACAACCCACCUAAUAAUCUGCUUAAUACCACAAACACCGGAGAACCUGUCUGCUCUCUCGCAUUCAAUUCUGGUCCCUCUCUCACAUCACUACCGGCGAUAGUCUCGUCCACCGACUCAAUAUGCCGUCGGUGCAACCACUAUCUCCUGAGGUCCUAGCGACACUGCCGGAUAACUCGAAUCCUCCCAUCUCAAACCGCAAAGAAACCAUCAUAGGCGUCUCCAUCGCUUUCCUCACAGUCGCAUUGACAGCAGCGUUACUACGACUCUUCGUUCGAUGGCGAAGACGAAUAUGGGGUUGGGACGACGCCUUUGUCGUCUUGGCUGCUACUGGAUGUACCAUCGGAUCCAUUCUCAUCUGUCAAAUGCCUGAUGAUGGAUUGGGGAAACAUUGGUGGACCCUCACUGCGGAGCAGCGCAUGAUGUUUUUCAAACACAUCUGGGCGACCAACAUAACCUACGCAUUCAGCACUACUUGUGUAAAAAUCGCCAUCUUGGUUCAAUAUCUCAGACUCUUCGAAGCCAAGCACGUACUAGCCCGACGACUAAUUCUUGGUCUGCUCACCUUCAUCGCAUUGUGGGGAUUCACUUUCACGAUGCUGUCCGUCUUCUCCUGCAGCCCCAUUUCCAGCUUCUGGAGGAAGGAUAUGCCCGGCAAAUGCGUAGGUUGGGGUAGCAAGAACACCGACGAUUUCUUCGCCACAUUCUUGGGCCACGCCGCCAGCAAUAUGGUUCUCGACAUUCUUGUCCUCGGACUUCCUAUACCCUUCUUUAGAGACCUACGCAUGAGCGGAAAGACUAAGCUUGGACUCAUGACCCUCUUCGGCAUGGGAGGAAUCGCUGUCUCACUCGCCAUUGCUCGUGUAGCGUCCCUCUGCCACAAGAAGGGUGGCACGAUACCGAUUUUCGACAUAACCUACUCCACCCCAACCGUCUACAUUUUCUCAGUUCUCGAAAUCAACGUAGCUAUCAUGUGCGCCUCGAUCCCCAUUUUCUGGCCGCUCGUCACGUCCUUCACUUCGAGCAAGAUCCUUAUCGUCAACGAGAUCGAGGUCCGCUCGGAGCGCCGCAGCGAGCACAUCGAUCUAGUCGACAAAGCGCACGACUUUACCGUCGGCGAGAUUGAAGGCCGCACCAGCCGCGCUGAUAUCAAAGGAAACACCACUACGCAAACCACCUCGCCUUCCUCCCGCCUCGCUCGCUCCCUCUCUCGUCACCACCGCCAGUCGUACCACCAUCACCAACAGAACUCGUCUUCCUCCUCAAAAGAUAUGCCUCUCUCCCUCCGCCACGCCCACUCCCGUCAGUCCGAAGACGACUCAAAAUCUCUCGUUCACAAGUCUUCCACGCACUCCUUCGGCAAUAACAGCAAUAAAAACCCACUCGCUGGCCUCGACAACCCGGAGGACAACACCCAUGCUCGGUAUAAAGAUAAAUACAGCCAAGGCUGGGCAGUGCCAGAUUUCGACCACGUAGCGCCUCCACCGACGACGUACCGUGCGGAUGCAGGCGCCAACCACCGCGCUGGCUCGCCGGCUGUCAUGCCUGUUCCCUUCGAUCACAUUGGGGCAGCGAAGCAGUGAAAAAACGAAUCCGUCUUAUGCUUCCUCGAAAGUUUUGUUUCUUUCGCAUUCUCGUUUUCACCAUCUUAUUGGAGUAAUAUUAAAAAUACGGAGGAGUUUGCUCUUUUUGUUUUCCCCCUUGAUUUGGGUUCCUUCAUUUUCACGGAUUCCCCACCUCUCUCUCUCUCUCUCUCCUCUACGACGUCUGUUCUCGUUUGAUCCGUCAGGCUGCGCCUUACGAUUAUCGAGUCUUUCUUCUUUUUACCCCGCUGUACAUUUCCCGCUCUCAUCGCUUGCUACCGCUAUCGCUGUCGU